GAUUAUCUUUUUUAUCCCACAAGAUAUCACCACUAACAAACCAACCAACCAAAAAAAAAUCAUAGUUAUCUCCUCACUUUUGAUGAUAACUUAUUUAAUUUGAAAAAAAUCUAUAUAUAUCCACGAGAUUCUUAUUCUUUAGCCAUAUAGCUCAAAUCAACAACAAUUUAAAUUUGUAUUCUUAUCAAAAGAGAUAUUUGUAAUCUGUUUGUUUUGUUCGCUGGUGCGCUGCUGGUGUAGUUGUUGUUCAAAUGAUAAACUUUCGUAUGAUGACUGUGGACACUGAUAAGCAGCAGCAAAAACCAAUAAAGCCAUACUAACUACUCGUACACCAUAAUUUUUAAUAUAUUUUUCUAAAGCCGGCUAGAAAAAAAUUUUAGUUUCACUUUGCACUUGGAUAGUAUCAGUUGUUGGUUGAGUGUGUUUUGUAUUUUAAAAUUAAAUUAACUUUCCACUCAUUUAUCAUGGCUCAAAUCAGGCAACUUAGCAAGCUUAUGUUGAAGAAAAGCUUCCACACUAGCACACCAACUCGUAGUGCCUCUUAUCUCAUUGACACACCUGAAUAUUCAUUCCUUAAGGAUAUCGGUUUAGACCGAACCAAUCCGGGUGUCUUUAAUGGCUCAUGGAAGGGUUCAGGCGAAGCUGUUAAAUCAAUUGACCCUGGAACUGGCGAAGUAAUCGCCGAAGUUCGAAUGGGAACUGUUGCUGAAAUGCAAGAAACUAUUGGUUUUGCUGCACACGCCUAUAAAGAAUGGUGUACUGUUCCAGCACCGCAAAGAGGCGAAAUCAUUCGACAGAUUGGUGAUGAAUUGAGAAAGUAUAAGGAACCGUUGGGAAAAUUGGUCAGUUUGGAAGUUGGCAAGAUCUAUAGCGAGGGUCAGGGUGAAGUUCAGGAGUUUAUUGAUAUUUGUGAUUAUGCUGUUGGUUUGUCUCGAAUCUAUUCGGGACAAAUGAUUAAUUCCGAGCGAAGCAAUCAUACAAUUUUGGAAGCUUGGCGACCUGUGGGUUUGGUUGGAGUGAUAUCGGCUUACAACUUUCCAAAUGCCGUCUUUGGAUGGAAUGCAGCUAUUGCUUUGACAACAGGUAACAGUGUGUUAUGGAAAGGCUCCCCAAGCACCUCCUUGGUCUCAGUGGCAACAACAAAAAUCGUCUCCGAAGUUCUAAAGCGCAAUAACCUGCCUCCUAUUGCCACUCUCUGUCAAGGAGGCGUCGAAGUUGGCAAGAAUCUAGUCCAAGAUCCACGAGUUAAUUUAGUCUCCUUUACUGGCAGUUGUCAGGCUGGUCGUGAUGUCGGCGUGGAAGUCCAGAGAAGAUUUGGAAAGAGCAUUCUCGAAUUAGGUGGCAACAAUGCUCUCAUAGUCAAUGACGAUGCUGAUCUCAAUAUGGCCAUUGAUGCAGCUCUUUUCGGUUGUAUUGGAACUUCAGGACAACGAUGCACAUCCACAAGGAGGAUCAUUGUCCAUCAAGCUGUUUAUGAUGAGUUUGUUGCAAAGCUCACAAGCAAAUACGAUUUGGUUAUGAAUAAAAUCGGUCAUCAGUUGGAGGCUAAUACACUCUUUGGACCCGUCCAUUCGCAACAAAAUGUGGAUAGUUUCAAGUGUACAGUUGAUGAGGCAGUCAAAGCAGGUGGUAAGAUUGCUUACGGUGGAAAGGUAAUCCACAGGCCAGGAUUUUUCGUCGAACCGACGAUUAUUACAGACCUUUUCCAUGAUUCACCGGUUGUGCUGAAAGAAACCUUUGCUCCAAUUGUUUACGUUUUGAGAGCAAAAUCAUUGAAACAAGCAAUUCUUUGGAAUAACGAAGUCGAGCAAGGUCUUUCCUCGUCGAUAUUUACCAAAGACGUUUCAAAAAUGUUCCAAUGGAUCGGUCCAAAAGGAUCCGAUUGUGGUAUUGUAAAUAUCAAUACAACAACAAAUGGUGCUGAAAUCGGGGGUGCAUUUGGUGGAGAGAAACACACCGGAGGUGGACGAGAAUCGGGUUCGGAUGCAUGGAAACAUUAUUGCCGCAGGGCUACAAUUACAGUUAAUCAUUCUGGUGAAUUGGCAGCUGCGCAAGGUGUUGAAUUUCAAGUUUAGAAUUAAAAAAAAAAAACAAAUGAAACAAAAAGAGUUAACAAAAACGUCGAUGAAUUAUAGAGA